AUGACAACUUCUAUACCAGAAUCGCCAACAAAUGAGGGUCUAAAUUUGAAAAGUGCGCUCCUUUUUAAUGAAUUCAUUAAUAACAGUGAGGUUGGGUACAAAAGUAUAGACGAUGAUGAUAUACUUGGUGAUGAAACUACAAGUUACAUAUCUGGAAGUUAUGAUGGAAGCAAUAAUUGUGAUUUCGAUAAUAUUGAUACAUUUACUUUGGAUAAGAUGAGCUUCGAAAAAGCCAGAAUUUUUGCUGAAAACGAAGAAAUUUGUUAUGAUACAUUUUGGGAAAAUGAUGAAUUUGAAGUAGAUUCGAUAUUUUCUACAGAGUUAGAAUCAACAUCGACUUUAUCAUAUGAUGAAAGUAUAGCAUUGGAAAAUGCUGAUAGCAGACAAGGAAAAAAUUAUAGUUUUACUUGUGAAGUAAAUCAUACAAACGAUAUUACUGUGGCACUUCAAAUAUUUGGAAACUGGAUUUUACAAACUGCUAUUACAGAUAAUAAUGAUAAAAAAAAGGAUUUAUUAGCAUGGUUAUCAACAAUACUUGUAAUGUUUAACAAAGAAACACAAUCGCAAUGUUCUAUAAAGCCCAUAAAUCCCUUUCUUCUCAAAACAAUAUUUAAAAUUGGGCAUGUAGAUUUUUUUACACAUUCUAAUGAAUGUUUCGAAUUUACUCCAGAAGCUUCAGAAAAAAUUGGUGAACAAUUAGGAAUUGAAAUUUGGAAGUCUCGAUCUUUUAUACGCCAAAAUAAAUCAAAACUUGAAUCACCAUCAUCAUUAGAAGAAUAUUCACGUAAUGUUACAACUUAUAAAUGGCAAAAUUUGCAAGAAAUAGACAAAUUUAAAAUUAAAAAAAUCAAAAAACAAGUAUCUCAACCAAAUACUGUUGAUAUAAAAAAACCACGUCAUAAACGUCAAACUACUGAAAAAGAAAAAAAAAUACUCGAACCUAUUCUUUCUGACAAGGUUUUUCCUAACAAUAAACUUUCUGAAAUCCUUUCACAACUUGGUGCUGAAUCUGAUGAAUGGACAGAAUCACACGUAAAAACUUAUUGGAGAAAUAAUCGAAUUAAUAAAUAG